AUGAUGUCCACCAACCCUUCACGGCGUACUGCGCCUCCACUCUAUUCGUCUCACUCGCUAGAAGGUAUGGAACAGGUGGUUCCACCAAAGAUGAUGUACUUCACACCCCACCGCUCUGAGAUUCUCAUCAACAAACCCCUCCCUGGGCGACCGGUACCCAUCAUGAUGCUGGAUUCUCCGACCGAGGGCGAGUACUCUGCUAUGUACAGCGACUCGGACAGCGACACAGAAAGCACCCUUGAUGAAAGCCUACAAAGUCCCAGUGUCUCCUCAAGCUACUCACGAGAACGAGAUUUCCCUAUCUUUGUCCGAUCCAACUCGGAUGACUUCACCAAUUUCGAUCCCACCCCCGCACACGAUAUGGAACAACCAGUAGCGGUGCCGUCCCCACUUGAUCUCCAUCACCCGGAGGAGCGCACGGACGCCAGUCCCAUCGACAUCGACGCUUCCUCUAUUAUCCUAGGCACAUCUGCACAUUACGGUCGUCCGGUGGAUUGGACUCGCAGAAUAGAUUCCAACCACUACUUCCGAGAAAAGACCUGGGAUUUUUUCCCCGAGCUCGCGACCCCCUCUACUCGCCAAACUAGCGGCCGCCAGAGCCCCGCUUCUACUCGGACGGGCAGGGAAGGUCGCUUAAACGUUUCUGCCAAGACACCGAAAUGGUAUUCUAUGCAUUCAUCGAGCUGGAAGCCUGCUGUUCGGGACUCGAUUAAAUCAUAUGUCAACAAAACAUUGACCCGUGAUGAGGCUGAAGAGAGGGAUAGACCAGUCAGUGCUCGACGAGCCCCUCCUUCACGCCGUUUCACCGCACCCAUGGGCCCGCUCAGCGCACACCCGCCAUCCAUCAUGGGAGACGACGAAGAUUUCGACGAGGAGUUGGAGAUGGACGAGUUCCACGCUCAGUUGGUCGCUACAUCGACAGCUAGCUCCAGCCGAGCUAACAUCUUCGAACAACCACGUUCAUCACCUCUUGCGCCGAAAGAAAAGAAGCGUGGCAUGCUUAAGAGGCUACACAGAGCUACAACCUCGCCGGAGUAUUUUGCUCAUGCAAACCUGCCACCACCUACACCAACACUACCCAAAGCCAACCAACAACCCAAGCGCCAGACUUUGGCUGCGUUGCAAACUUCCUUUGAUGACGCGAAGAAGCGAAUGACCGAAACACCAGAUGACCGUCGUCGCGAACUAUUGAAAUCCAAGAUUAAAUUUGUCGGGGCUGUUAAUCCGCACUUGUGUGCGCCGCAGCCUGAUCCUUGGUCUCCAUGA